AUGUACGCUCCACCUCAAGCUCGUGCCCAUCGCGACUCCCAGGGUCAAACUACUAUUCCUGGCACACAGACCGAUAACUCCAUGAACGCCAUGAUGGCUCAGUUUGGUGGCAUGUCCAUGUCCGGAACCAGUAUGGCUGGCGCACCUGGCCUCGGUGCUGCUCAACUCCCAAUUGGCGGUGCUCAGUUCUAUUACAAUCCCGUCGACAAUACCUUUUUGGCCGCUCCCCCUAUGUACUCGGCUCAGCCUCUCGCUGCCACUCAACCUACCGAUGGCACCUACAACUCAUACGCAGCUCCCAUGUCAUACUAUGCCCAAGGUGCCUAUCCAAGCUACCUUCCCGCCAUGCCUUAUAUGCCAUACACUCCAAGUCGUGUCUCUGCUGGCUAUCCAGAACUGUACAAGGAGGUUCCAGGUCUUGAGAAUCGACGCGGAUCUUACUCCACCAACGAGUCCGCUCCCGGCACUCCCAAUUACGGAUCGAUCUCUCAACGUGAACAAGGUACUCAGAUUGUCGCUGUUGAUCGAUCUCCCUUUGGCUCAACUCCAUCGCCACAACAGCUCCCAGUCCAACAUGCUGCGCAGCAAGCUAAGCCACUUCCAUACAAGACCAUCCCUAUUAAUGUUGAUCUUGACGCUUUGCUCGUUCAGCACCCAGCUAUUCCUCCAGCCGUUCCUGCCGUCUUCACUCCUCGUGAGAGCAUGAGAACUCUUGACCAGAGCUUGUCUAACCCCAUCCCGGGCAACCGAAAUGUCUAUAUCCGUGGUCUCCACCCAGAUACUGACGAUGAGACGCUUGCUGCAUAUGCUGCUCGAUUCGGUAAGGUUGAGACAUCGAAGGCCAUCAUCGACACCAGCACUGGAGCCUGCAAGGGUUUUGGCUUUGCGAAGUACUUCUCUCUUCGUGACUCGGAGCUCUGCAUUCGUGGAUUCUACAAGCUUGGCUAUGAAGUCGGAUUUGCUAGGGAGUCCUUCAAUUCCCGCCUCAAGGCUGAGGGAGAUGAGCAGUCGACUAAUCUCUACGUCUCUAACCUUCCCAAAAACAUGACCGAGUCGGAACUUGGUGCAAUCUUCAUGGACUAUACCGUUCAGUCCAGCAGAAUCCUUCGUGAUAACCAAAACAACAGCCGUGGCGUUGGUUUCGCUCGUUUCGAGACUCGUGAGAUCUGCGAGGAGAUCAUCAAGAAGUUCCAUGGUCAGCCAAUUGGUGAGGAAGGUCUUCUUCUCCAGGUCCGCUAUGCCGACACUCCUGCUCAGAAGGAUCUGAAGCGCAUCACUACGGAGCGUCGCCAGUUCCGAACCAAUGAGUACAAUGUCGGUGCUUAUGGUGGCCCUGUUGACAUGCUGGCCCUUUCACCUCCUAUUCCAUCCAUGCCAUCACCUGUCGGUCCUCGUACUGGCCAGAUCGCUGCCCACUUCCCAUCCAGAGCCAGUGGUUCUUGGAAGCGUCGUGACAACAGCUCUGCCGGUUCCGUUGGUGGCUUCAAGGACCUUGACCGCAGCGUUAGAGUCUCUACGGCCGAGUCAAUCUCAAAGUCAAAGGAUACCAAGGUUUCGCACUCCACUCCUACGGUCUCUGACGAUGGCACGGCUGAGGAUGGUGUUACCGUUCACCACGACUCACCCGCUGUCGCCCACGGUGGCUCUACAUCCCCUUCUGCUCGCAAGUCUUGA